CAAGAUGGCCGCCGUCUGUCAGCCGUAAUCAUUCUCAUACUCUUGAUAUUUUCUGAUGAAAUUAGCUCAUAUUUGAAAGUUCCUUGCGAAAAUGGGGUUAUCACAGAGUUCAGAAGUAUCCGAAGGAGGAACCUAUGGAUACCACGUGCAUGGCCUGCAGCCAAAUUCCCCAGCAGAAAAGGCUGGACUGCAGCCCUUCUUUGAUUUCAUUCUGUCUCUGGACAACAAAAGACUUAACGAGGAGAAUGACCUGCUGAAGGAGAUUCUGAAAGCCAACAUGGAGAGAGCUGUGGGUAUGGUGGUGUACAGCACCAAAACCACGAGCGUCCGUGAGCUGGAGGUGGUGCCCAGCAGCAUGUGGGGGGGACAGGGCCUGCUGGGGGCCAGCGUUCGCUUCUGCAGCUACCAUGGAGCCAACGAGAACGUCUGGCAUGUUCUGGAUGUGGAAGCUAGUUCUCCCGCUUCAUUGGCCGAGCUUCAGCCUCACAGUGACUACAUUGUCGGAGCGGAUCAAGUGUUGCAGGAUUCAGAAGACUUCUUCUCGCUGAUCGAGGCCCAUGAAGGGAAGCCUCUGAAGUUGAUGGUGUACAACACAAUUUCAGAUGCCUGCAGAGAGGUGGUGGUCACACCAAACGGAGCGUGGGGGGGAGAGGGCAGUUUGGGUUGUGGCAUUGGGUAUGGCUACUUGCACCGGAUCCCAAUAAAUCCUGAGGAGACGUCGGCGGAGCCUCCCACCUCUACUCCUGAGGCGGAGCCUGCUCCGGAGCUGCCGACACAUGGAUACACAGAGACACCUUUGAUGGCACCUUCAAGUCUAAGUGAAGACGUGUUAGAUCUGGAGAAGAUCACCCUCGAUGAGGCUCCUCUACCUCCACCCGUACAGAGGGUCAUGGACCCUGGUGUCUCAUACACUGAGGCGGCAGUUGCUACCCCUAAUCCGGCAGAUUUGGUGGACAGACUGGAUCUGUCCGUGUCUUCUAUCGACAUGACCAACAAUUUACUGGCCAUGCACGAGGAGAAGGACGAGGAAAAGGACAAAGAGAAGGACGAAGAGAAGGACGAGGAGAAGGACGGGGACAUCUCUGGCGUUGGUAAGUUUGGGCCAACAUCAUCCAAAGUUUCCUGGAGAAAAAAACUUGGGCUGAAUGGAUUGGGAGAUAAAAAAAAGUUAAUCAUUCAGUCCAAUAUUUUUAACCAAACACCUUCCUAUCAAUAUGGCAGAUUUUACCAUUUACUACAUAUUUACAAAUUGAGAAUAUGAUAUAAAUAAACAUCACAACUGUGGAAUUAAUGACUAAGUGGGUAAAGACAAGUAAUAGUACAGCUGAAAAAAAGUCAACAAAUGACAUCACUUAGGAUAUUACAUAUGUAUUACAAUAUCUUGUCUCGUAUCACAGUAUAGAUAUAAUAUCCAUGAGCGUCGCAGCCAUGAUAUGAGGGUGGGACAAGUCCCCCCCACCUUUUUACAAUGAUUAGUUUAGACCCCCUAACUUUUACUAUGCGGAAAGUCCGUGAAUCGGUCUAUCCACUCGCCGCUCUCUGUAGAGCGUUGUGUCAGUGCUUGAUUAUCAAAUCCAUUCCACUUGCUUAUUGAGAGAAUGCCCAAAUCAAUGAAACUCCGUACCAUGUUUUCACUGCUACUUCGUACCAAGGCAGAUUCUCAGAGCACACAU